AUGUCUUCUUACGUGGAGCGCGAGUUUAAAUUUUUCGCCCGUUCCUGCCGACUGUUCGGAUGCCUCUUCGUUUCCAACUCUUGGAGCGGUCGCUUUGCCGAGUUCCGACCAAAAUUUCGCUCCUGGUACUCGCUGUACUUUGGUUUUCUAGGCGUUGUGGGUUGUGGCUUCGAGAUCAUCCUUCUUCAUCGUCGGAUAUCCUACAUCUAUAUGCGCGAAAAAGACUUCUCGGAACUUCUCUUUAUGAUAAUACACAUCGUGAUUGGUCUCAACAUUGCGACCAACACUUUAGUGUUCAUUCUGGGCACCGAAAGGCUCAUCGAUAUUCUGCGUUCCACCAAACGCCUGGAAGGAGCGAUGGGGUUUGAACCAGCUAUAUCGAGCCGCGUUGACGACGCCAAAAAACUCUUCAAGACGUUCUUGUUCGUCGUUUUCCAGGCAGCUUUUGUCUUGUCUCGACUGGCUUCAAGCAAGGAAAUUUUCGAAGAGCCUUCCACCGCGAUCACCGUAAUCGUAACGAUCUGCUUUAGUUUUAGCAGCGUCGGAUACGCGAUCCACGGCACGGUGGCUCUGAACGCGAACAUGUUUUUCUACUCGGUACUUUCAGAGUAUCUGAAGCCUCAGGUCGCCAUUAUCGAGACCUUGUCGUCGCAGAUUUUGACACGGAAUCCUCGAUACACGGCGAAAAUACUGGAACGAACACGACUGCACUUCGUAUCGAUCAGGAACAUAGUUCGGGCGGUGGACCGACUGUUUGAGUGGGGUCUGGUGGUCUCUUUCCUAACCUGCGCCUUCACUCUUUGCUUCACGUUGUACUCGCUGUUCGACGCUUCCACGUCCUGGAGCAAGAUGUACAUCUACAUAAUUUAUUCCGUCAACUCUAGCGCGAACAUUUCCGAGUUGACGCACGCAGCAUUCAGGAUGAAGCAGCAAGCCCUCCACAUCAAGCACGUGCUAGAAAAGACACCUCUGGUCAAUCUCCCAAGACGACUCGUACUUCAAGUCGAGUUUUUUGCGGAAAAUAUUGAAGCGGAGCAGCUUUGCGUAACAGGAUCGGGUUUUUUCACGGUGGACAAGCCGGUGCUGACAUCGAUCGCUGCCCUCAUUUUCACUUAUUCGCUGCUCUUGGUCCAGACACGUGGGUUUGCCUCGCCGGAAAAGCGACAUCCGAAACCUAUCAUUUGA